AUGGUCUUCAGGGAGAUCAGCGUCCAGAGCCUCUGGGUUGUGCUGCUUACAUUGGUGACCUGGAACUGUGACUCUGAACAGUUCCCCGCAGCUCUGGACAGGCUGGGUCAGAGAGCAAAGGCUGGCAGUUCUGCUGAUCAUGUGGUUGGAAUUUCGGGAGAGUCUGUCUGGUUACGGCCCCCCAGCAUACAUAUAAGGACAUACUCUGUUAUAUGGAAGAUGCAGCCAUACUCAAAUUCAAGAUGUUAUUUUAUAUACUCUUGGAAGAAUGUUUCCAGCCAGAGCGAUAUAGGGAAGAAUUUGAAUUGGACUUCAAAUCAUUUCAACAAUAGACUGAGCUUUAUAAGAGAAAACCUAACUCUUCUCAUCAUGGCAGUUCAGCAGCAGGACAGUGGCCUCUACCUCCUGGAGGUCACUGAAGACACUGGGAAGGUUUGGAGACAUAAGUUCCAGGUUUCUGUAUUUGCAUCUCUGCUUCCAGAUCGUGUUGAGAAGCCCCAGCUGGUGGAGAGGUGGAAGGUCCUGGACAGGGGGAUGUGCCAGGUGACUCUGUCCUGCUCAGUCUCCAGAGGUGGUGAUGUGAGCUAUGCUUGGUAUAAAGGGACUGAGCUGAUUCAGACACCCAGGAACCUCACCAGACUGGAGGAGCUGAUUGAUGUCAGUGGUUUGCACACAUACACCUGCAAUGUCAGCAACCCUGUCAGCUGGGCAAACCACACCCUCCAACUCACACAGGGCUGUCUGAAUGCCCACCCAAAUUUCAUCUUUCUGUCCACUUUGGUGAGCAUCGUGAUUCUCCUAACGGCAUUGUUCCUGGGCGCCCUCACCUGCUUUUAUGUGCGGAGGUGGAAGAGGAAGCAGUCACGUAAACCAGAGGAAUUUCUGACGAUCUAUGAAGAUGUAAAGGAUGUGCAAACCAGGAGAAAUCAAGAGCAGAAUUCCCCUGGAGAAGGGAGCAGCAUCUACUCCAUGAUCCAGUCCCAGUCUUCUGCUUCCACAUCACAAGAUAACGCAAAUACAUUGUAUUCAUUAGUACAGUCUUCCUGGAAGUCUGAAUCCAAGAAGACGAACCGCAACACUUCCUUCAAUAAAACUGUCUAUGAAGAGGUGGGAAAGAGAGCAUCCAAAGCUGAGAUCCCGGCUCGACUGAGCCGCAGGAAGCUGGAGAACUUCUGUAUAUAUUCCUAG